UUAUUCUUCUAUGCAUGAUCACGGCUACUAUUUAGCUUACUAUUGAUUUGUGUUGUGUUCGCAUGGACUCUCUACAUGGUGGUGGUAUCACUAGGCAGGAUAUAUUUUUUUGAAUUUAAUAUCACGAUCGUGAGGAGUUACUUAAACAUUCAAAAAAAUAAAUAAAAAUUUUCGUUGAAUUUCAUGGAAUUUCACAGAUUUCACGAACUGAUGAAAUUGUCGGAGUUCAAAAGAAAUUUCGCUGAUUUCAAAAUGGGUCGAAAGAUCUCGAAAAAUUUUUAAUCAAAUUUACUAAGAAUUUUGGAAGCAAUAUGUCCUGCAGGGUGAACCAAAUGAUUCGUGCUUUUAACGUAAUUUUAGAACGAUAGUUUUACUAACUUCCCGCUAAUUGUUGACUCCUAAUUGGAAUUGAACGUCCUUUUUCAGAACAGAAAUUUUGAAUUUUGGGGAUUAAAUGAUUUUCGUGUAAGGCAAGUGCAGAGAGCAAAAACAUAAUGAACAAGCCAAUGAAACCAUACCAUUUGACUUAAGUGAAACAGUUUGAACCAAUCAGGUGAUAGUAUUUCACUCACAUGAGAGAAAUCAACUGUUAUUUGCACAUGCCUUAUUCUAACAGUCACAAUAUUGAUUAUUACUGAAUCCGAUAACUUGAAUGAUUUAAAACUUUGGCUUGGAUUGUCAAUUUAAUGUUUAAUUGUCAUAACAAUUGGUCUCUCUUUCGAUAGAUAAUCAACUUUUUAGUGAAACUAUACUAACGAUCACGAGUACUAACAAAAUCGCCGUAUAGCAUUAAAGCUGUAACUGACUUUACAUAACCUCACUUACUGACUUCAACUUUUCUCUCCAUUUUAAUAUCUACUUUUUGGCCGCUUCUUCUCUAUCACUAAACUGCUGUGCAAGUAAACGUUUAGAUUUAUAUGAUCAGGUUUCUUAUUACAUUGGGGUAGUUCGAUGCUCACAAAGAAAAGUUAAGAUUUGCCCUGAACACAUAAUGUUUGGGAAUUUUUGAAAAAUAUUUCUCCCUGUGAACGUCAUUUUACAAUUUCACAAAAUUUGAACUUAAACGAGUUUUUGCAAGUUUGACGGAAUCAUUUCCCGCCGCUCUUUAAUAGAAUUGAAGUAGAAUUUUUUCGGUAUACUACCCCAGUGAUCUAACAAAACAAAAAAACAAAAAAAAGUUUGCUCAACCUGAUAAUGUACAGCUUCACGUUUAAUUGUGCGAAUUAAAAAAAAUAUUUUUGGGGGGGGAGAUAAUUUGAAUGCUCUUUUGAAAUAAUAUUAGUGAACCUCUUGCAAACUUCGAUUCAGAUUCGAGCUUUGAACACUGAAAAGAAAUAAAACAAUUUGCCGGAAAAGUGACUAUGAAAACGAAUAUCGAGCACGUAAUUGGAUUAGCCGAACUUGAUGGAAGUCGUCUGUUUUAAUGGAUUAUUAUGAUGGUGGAUAAUUUUAUGAUACGAAUAUGUCAUCGUCCACUGAGAAGGCAUCGCCCCAUUUCAUUAUAUCAACCGGUCUCUGGAAUCGGUAUCGGACAAAUUAAACAAUUUUGAAAACUAAAGUCGUCGCCGCUGUACUACUAAGUCGCGACACCACCCACAUAUAAAUCAUAUCAUCGAUUAUCGAUCCACACACACACAUACUCAACAUUUCAACCACCUCAAUACCUCCCCAUUCGGAAUAAAAUGAGGUAUUGCAGCUCGACAAAUAUGAGCCUACAAAAUGAAUCGGAGGUGGACAGCCUGUUGAUGAGCCCGUGCUGGAGCCAAAGCCAAAAUGGUCAAGAUCAGUAUAUGCUCGACGGACACAAGCUGCUGCUGGAGCACGAUCUGGACGAAUUGCCCAGCGAUUCGGAACUGCAGAAAGGUUCCAUGGACGUACUCGACAAUUUCGUACUGAAUUCGCAGGGAAUUAACACAAAUUUAGCCGAACUAAAACCAUUGCCACCGUUCACCACUUACGCAGGACAUCUAUCGAUAAACGGAAUAUCUGGUCAUCAUUAUCACAGCAUAUCGCAGCGAUUGCCCGAAGAGAAUAACAACUAUUCGCAGAGUCCGUAUCACAAUCAGAAUACCGACCAGAACAUCGUAUCGUCGUCGACAUGUCUACCCGAUUCGGUGCUAAAUCCGGACACAUCCGAUUCUUGCCUCCAAGAUGUGAAACUGUUCAGCGACAGUGGAAUCGACAGCAAAAUGUACUCGAUGGCCGACAGUUGUGUGAUAAAUCAAGGCCCCGAUUCGGUGUCAGGAGUCCGCAUUUAUGCUGACGGUAAGGAACUGAGCGAAUACGUGGACAUGAGUUCCAUUGAAGAUAUCGCAGCCAUUAUUGGAUCGGCCAUUGCCGAUACAACAGUUCCGAAUCAAUUGGACACAACCGAUGGCAAUGACAGCCGUGACUCGUGGAUGGAUCUGGACGCAUGGAUUGAUGGCAACUGCGUGCAACAAGAUGGCAAAUUGAUUGUGUCUCAUCAGGAGUCAAUAAACGAAUUUAUUCUACCAAAUUCACCCAGUCAUACAUCGGGAUCGACGUUGCAAAGUCUGCUCACGCAUGGCUACAUGCCAUUACUACAAAAUCGGCUACAAAAUGGUCCACCAAUAAAAUUGGAGAGUCCGUCGUCGACAUCGUACUGCGGUGAAAUGAUCACAACGUCAACUAGUCCGCCCGGUUCGGUUGUGUCGACAACGGACAACAUUAUGAUAAACGGAAGGUACCUGUCAAAUCAUCACAAUCACUAUCAACUCAACAUAUCCGGCAUGAAGUCGGACGGCCUGUGCAGUCCGGACCUGAUGGGCAACUAUCCGCACACAACAACAACGACACCAAAUACACCGAAGAACAAACGACGAUCUCAGAAGAAGCAACAGCAGCUUCAAGCCCAAAAUCAACUGAACAUGUCCUCGUCAGCGCAGGUGAACUUCCAAACGUCCAGUGAUUUGAGCGGUCUUCUGGGCAAAGAGAAACCGGUCCAUCGAUGUAACAUCUGCAAUCGCGGUUUUUUGAAUAAGAGCAAUAUCAAAGUGCAUUUGCGUACGCACACCGGGGAGAAGCCGUUCCGUUGUGAAGUGUGUUCGAAGGCAUUCCGACAGAAAGCGCACCUGAUCAAACAUCAGCAGAUACAUAAGAGGAUCGGAAGAGAUUGACAAUUCAUGUUGACAUCCAACCGUUCACCAAUUGUUGUGGAUGUAUGGAGUUGAAUUUUCCAUUUAUUCCGUCCAAUGAUUUAUUUGUUGAUGAAUGAGAAACUCAAAGUUAAAGGAGAAAAAAAAAUUAAUUUCGUUUUGUCGUAUUGCGCAUUCCUCGGCAACAUAAUCCACCAUUGUAUGCCGUCAUGCCGAGACGGAGACGAGGACGAACCUUGUUGCGGCUGUGUUGCAUUAUAUUGUUGGGGAUGCGCAACGUGCUAUAUUGAAAAAGGUACCUCAAUCGUUCAUUUUUUGUUUGUUUGUAAAAUGGGUGUUUAAGCUAGAAAUGCUUUGGAAUGUGGGCUUCCCAAAAAAAGUAAAUUGAUGAUGGGAAUAGAGACUAUUUUGCGUUCUGCAUUUGAUGUCUGUGAGGCUAAGCAAUUUUUUUAAUUGUUUCGAAAUGCGAAUAAAUUAAUCGGAAUGGUUUACAGGUAAAAUGGUCAACUGGAGAAAAUAAAUUGCCACAACUAGAAUUGGGCGGAUUUUUCGAUUCGAAAGAAUCGAACGUUUCCGAGAAAAAUUGAAUCGAUUAAAGAUUUGACAUAAUUUUUCAUCCCCUAAUAGGAAUCAAGAGCUAAGGUUUUUCUUGCAAAGCUCUCUAUGAAUGAGUGGGACUCGUGAUUGUCAUAUUUUAGAAAGUUUUUAUUGUAUUCACUGUCGAGCUGUACAUCUCGCGAACCUCAAAUCGAACCGAGAUAAAGCGAUAGAGAAGACUACUUCACUACUUCUUCUGAGACUUUCAAUAAUCACAUUGAUCAGUAGGUUUUAGCUAAUUUCCUUCUACUACAACCUAAUGAUUUUGCUGGAAUAUCGCCCGAGUUCAUGGAAUUAAAAUUUAGAUAAAAUGUCGCUCAGUUUCCAUAUAAAUAAAAUCGCCAAAUUUCGCUAAGUGUUCAUCAAAAAACCAAUUACUUCGAUAAAUAUAUUUGCAUUUCACCCACAAAACAAUAUCAAACAAUUACGAUCUUGCUUGCUUACAUCAUUCGUCAGAUUAGAACCGAUAGUUUAUCGUAUAAGAACGAAAAGAAACAGAAAACUCCGCGUAGAAAAAGAAAAUGGUGUGUGUUACGCGUUAAUGGGAAUUAAUUUUAGAAUUUUUGUGAUAAUCUAAUUAGAAGAAUGUAAAGAAAAAGAAGAAGAAAAAAAAGUUUUUUUUUGUAAAUUCUUUCAUAAAAAUUCUAAAGAAAAUUAAUCUUUUUGAAGAGAAAUCUCAUUUAUUUACUUCAUUUCCUAUAAAAAGUGCAAUUUUGUAUUGUUCUAGAUGGCAGUGCAUUACAUUAAAUUUAAAUAGUUAGAAAUUUAGGAUUAAAAUUAUUUUGUGUUUGGAUUAAAGUUUUUUGUUUUGUUUAGUUUUUAACUUUUAAACUCUACUUACGAAACGACUUCUAAUUUUCGGCAUUAAUUUAUUGGAUAAUAGAAUACAUCAACGGAAUGAAACUCACUCAUUAGCUGUGCGGG